AUGAAGAUUGGAGUGCGGAUUGUGUCGCUACUGGCGAUUUCCAUCACAGGGGCUUUCCUCCUCCUUCUCCUCCAUCAAUAUCGACAAUGGACGGAGCGGAAUAUACGGCCCGCGGGUCAUUUCACGGAAAGCUGCUCGCUGGACGACAAUCAUUGGAUCGAUGACAUGAUUCGCGAUGCGGAAUGGAAAUCCGAGCAUUUUCUCGAAGCGGAUCCGACCAGUCUUGCAAUCGCAGCGGCGGCAUAUCGAGUGCGAAGAGGUCGACAUCCCCCGCCGGGCUUUGAUGUGUGGUUUGCGUGGGGGAAAAAGCAUCAUCGGGUCAUGGUCGAGGAGUUUUUUGAUCAGAUUUAUGAAGAUUUGGAGCCUUAUUGGGGUGUCUCCCCUCAAAACAUUCGAGAUUCCGUUGAUUCAUGGCCUUCUGAUGUUCUUGGAAUUCGGAAUGGAAAAGUACUGGACUUCAACAAGGAGAGAUUUCGGACUCGGACUUGGGCCAUGAUGUUAAAGGAGAUUUCACCUUUUCUCCCAGAUGUUGACUUGGCUGUCAACGCACUGGACGAGCCUCGGAUCUUGGUGUCCAAGGAUGUGAUGGAUGGGCAUCUCCAAGACGCAUCCAAGCAGAAGAUACGCAUGAUGUCCAUUCCUACUUCCCAAAUUUCUCCCACUUUCCAACGACGGAAGAUGGAGCAAAGCAGUGCACCAAAAGCCCGAAUGGAUGUCACAAAUGUGGACUCCUACCACGCCGCGUUGAAAGCCAGUUGCGGAGAUGGCCAUCCCACCAUCAACAACCCAUCCUCCAUCAAAACCAACACCAUGGUAGCACAGGAUAUCUGCGCAAACCCCCACCUCACAUCACAACACGGCUUCCUCAUCGAACCAGCAACCAUUCAUUUCUCCACCUCCCUGAUCCCAGUCUUCAGCGCUUCCAAAACCAGCAUCAACAACGACAUCCUCCUCCCCGAACCCGCCUACUACUACGACCAAUUCCACCUCUUCUCCUCCCAAGACUUCUGGUCCUACUUCCGAAGCCCCAUCCCCUGGACCCACAAAACCCACGCCCUCAUCUGGAGAGGAGGUGCAACAGGCGGCAUCCCCCGUCCCACCACCUGGUCAAACUUCCACCGCCACCGCUUCGUCACAGCAAUGAACGCCACCACCACCACCACCACCGACAAACCCCCCGAAAUCUCCCCCGAAUGGCUCCACCAAAUCAGCAACGUAGCCUUCACAUCCCUCUCCUGCAACCCCCACCUCUCCACCCCCGAAACCUGCAACGCCCUCACCCAGCACUUCCACCUCGAAUCCCACCUCCCAAUGCACCAACAAUUCACCCACAAAUACCUCCCCGACAUCGACGGAAACACUCUCUCASGCCGUUUUCGAGAAUUCCUCCUCAGCACCAGCGCGCCCUUGAAAUCCACCAUUUUCAAAGAAUGGCAUGAUCAUCGCCUCCUGGCGUGGAAACAUUACAUUCCCGUGAGCAUUGCUUUGGGGGAGGAGAUUUAUGAAAUUUUGAGAUUCUUUUUGGGGGAUGAGAGGGUUUGUGCGAAUGAUGCCGCUGGGGAGAGAAUUGCGGGGAGUGGCAAGGGGUGGGCGGAGAGGGUGUUGGGGAGGGAGGAUAUGUUGUUGUAUUUGUGGAGGGUUGUGUUGGAGUUUGCGAGGGUUGGGGAGGAGGAGAGGGAUUUGGUGGGGUUUGUGGGGGAUUUGUUGUGA